UAGAGCUUAAGGUAUCUUUAUAGUAACCCUCUGCUAUGUGUACUAUCUUCAACAACCUAUAAUUUUAAAGGCCUGUCAUCGCUAUAGCUUGUAAAUAUGGAAAUGAAUACAUAUGUAAGUAUUAGCGGACAUAUACGAAUUUGUACGUGAAGGUAUGUACAUGCAUACAUAUGUGCGGGCCAGUUUUAGCACUGUUUUCAGCUAAGCUUUUGUGGAAUUCCGCUGGGUUUCAAACAGUGCCUGCUAAACCCAGACUCCCCUAUAUUAUUGUCUAAGUAAGUUUACGUCCAUUUUUAGUGUAUUCCUCGAUUGAAAAUCAUCCAGAAAUGGCAUUUUAUCCCUCUAUAAAGAUGUCUUUAUUUUGUCAGGUUGAAAUCGCAUUUUAAACGUUUGAAUGUCACCUUCCAAAGUUAUUAAUAUUCACCUAGGAAUCUCCCGGUUCUUUUAGCCUUAUCACUCAAUACUACCAUGCAUGUUACACGAGAUUUUGAUCAAAGUGCUUUAACUUAUCAGCCUUCAAUUUCACUCAUAAGUGUAUCGCGAACGAAAACAGAAACCACAUUUUAAAGACCUACCAGGUUGUUAAGAAUUUAAGUUAUACUGAAAGAUCCACUUAAGUGCUUUGCUAAUAGUCUAAUUAGCUGAUAAUUUUAAUUCCAUGGAGUGGGAACGGAUCAGCGACUGCAUCGUGAUUGUGCUUUGGCUAUGCUGAGAGCAAAUUGGCGGAAUCUUUUCAUCGGAUUUCCCUUACGCUCCGCCAUGUGUGUGAAGUCCGACAGGCCCAGUCCAUGUAGGUUGGCUCGUUGAAAUUCUCCCGCGUCCAAUCGCGAGUUGCGCUGAUUAUAAGACACGUCAAAACUAAAUCUCUAUAGUCAGAGAGGUACCCUCGUAACCCCUUGGCUGGAAGAAUGUGUAAUUAUUUUAAUAGGUUGUCUAAGCUUUCUAGACACCGCACAGCGCGUGCGUUCCAGCAUUAUCGCUGGAUUGCAGUGAAUAUCGCGAUUAGAUUCGCAUUGGCAGCCGCAGCGGGAUGGAGUCGUGGCUGAAGAUAUCGUGGGUAUUAUGCAUAUUCGGGUUCCUGCGCGAGAUCCGUCCCUCGGAGCCUUAUCACGCUGAGAUAUUGAUGAGUGACUGGUAUCAUGUCACCCAGGAAGAGAUCAAUCGUUCCGUCUAUCCCGUGGGCACCUACUCCUAUCUGGCUCUACAAAUCUUUGUGUUCCUCAUCACAGACUUUCUCAGAUACAAGCCUGUAAUCAUUGCCAAUGCUCUGACGGGCAUCUUAGUCUGGAGUACGCUGCUUUGGACCACAACUCUGACGGGGCUGCAGGUGGUUGAAGUGUUCUACGGCUUCUACCAGGCGGCAGAAGUGGCCUACUAUGCUUACAUCUAUGCAAAGGUCGAUAAAAAGUAUUAUCCGCUUGUGACCUCCUACACCCGGUCGGCCAUGUUCGUGGGAAAGUUGGUGGGUGGUCUCCUGGCGCAGCUCAUGAUUGGCAUGCAUUGGAUGGUCUACCGACAGCUCUACAUCAUCAGCAUUACAAGUCAAGUACUGGCGCUGUUUUGGUCAUUCGGUUUGCCAAAGGUCGAAAAGAGCCUGUAUUUCCAUAGCCAAUCUGGUGCUGGGAAAGAUGACACAAAGUCCGAUGCAGCAGUCAUUGAGAAUGGAUCCCAAAAGCCAGAGGAAACGGUGGAAAAGCCUUCACCUGCCACGAAGCAAAGCUUCCAUGCUUUUCAGCUACUGUGGACUCACUUCCACAGCGCCUACACAAAUCCCACGGUCCUGCAGUGGAGCCUAUGGUAUGCCAUGAUACUGGCAGGCUUUCUCCAAAUAAGCACCUACAUGCAGGUGGUGUGGAAGUCCUACGAUGAGCCCACUAUUGCAUGGAAUGGAGCCGUGGACGCUGCUUUGACGGCCCUUAGUGCUGUCUUCUCACUGCUCGCGGGCUACUUUCCUGCGAGUCGCCUGAAGACGCGCACCAGCUUUCUGACCAUAGCUGUGCUGUCGGUACUGCAGGGUGGCUGUAUACUGCUCUCAUCAUGGACCAGCAAUAUAUACUACUCCUAUUUGGGCUAUGUGCUCUUCGGCGGUUUAUUUGCUUUUACCAUAACGGUUGCCAGGUUUGUCCUAAGCCUCAAUCUCUUUGUUGUCAAUCUACCCAUGUAUCGCUCUUCUUGCAGCUCUGAGCUGGCCAGCAGCCUGGUGGAGGACAGCUUUGCCUUGGUCUUUGGCUUCAACACUUUUAUUGCGCUCCUCUUGCAAUGCAUCCUGACAUUUGUGGUUGUUUCGGAAAAUGUCAAUCUCAAUUUGAACGUAUUUGAACAGUUUACCGUUUAUGCCUUCUAUUUCAUGGUAAUUGGCAUUGUUUACUUCACAGUUGUUGUAUUGCAGUGCGUUUGGUCUGGCGUGAAAGGCCCGAAAACAAAUAAAGAGGUCGUAAAUUGAUCAUUUUGGUUUUUGGUAGCCUUUUGUUUACAA